AUGAAAUUGAGACAACAACAAAUAUAUCAAUGGAAGAUGGGAAUGGAUCAACUCAACAAAAUGGAGCCGCGAUUUUUGAAGGGAUAUUCUACUCACAACACAUUAUUGGCUUCUUGGAAUGUUUUUUGUUUCGGUCGCGUUUUUCCAGGUAUAUUUUUGAAAAAUGUGUUGUUCCACAGCUAUUUCCAUCCUUUCUACCUUUUUGUUUUGUUUGUUUUUCUUUUAACCACGCCUUUCUCGAUCAAUAAAUUGGUCUGCAGAUGUGUCUGCGUCUCGUUUGUUUUUCUCUCUCUCUCUCACACACACACAUGCCACCUUUCUUCUUUUUCUUCUUUUCUUUUGUUUUUGUUUGUUUGUGUUUUUUCUUUCCUAACCACGCCUUUUUCAAUCAAUUUAUUGGUUUUCAGGGAAAAAGACGCCGAGUAAAGGGAAAUCGAAGAUGAUUCAAAUGAAUGGAGCAAAUUAUGGACAUCGACAAAGUUUCCCAGGUAAAUUUAAUGAUAUUUUAGUUCGGCAACACAAUUUUCUCGUUGGUUAAUUGGUAUUUUUACAGGGAAAUGGCGUCGACAAGAGGAUUCUGGAAGGAAACGAGAAGAAUGA